AGCCGUGUGUGUGUGAAACUGUGAGAACAACGAAAGGUUUGGCUUAACACAGGGUUUUGGUGGCCGAGGGGCCAACCUCACCAUUGGUGCCAGAAGCCCUGGGCCAUUUGGCACAAUCUUCGCUCCUCUUUUCACUCUUUCCCACAAGGGCUCCCAAAGGACGUGAAAAGGCAGCAGUGGCAGCUCUGGCAUGAAGUGAUUCAGCAGCUCAGCUCUGUGGAAAAGGUUUGGAACGAUAAAUGCCCGGCAACAUGGCCCAGGGAGAGUUGGGCAUGGGUUGGCCUGCCUCUUGAGGACCCCUGGAUUCCCUGCCACCACGAACCUGAUAGGUCACAACUGGUGAAGUGUUCUCUUGUCCGAAGAGAGAAACAUCCUUCCUCUUGCUCCGGACUGGGAUGUCCGGAGGCAUGAAGUUCAACGGGUACAUGAAGGUGCGCAUUGGUGAGGCGGUGGGACUCCAGCCCACACGCUGGUCACUCCGGCACUCUCUCUUCAAGAAGGGCCACCAGCUUCUGGACCCCUACAUCACGGUGAGCGUGGACCAGGUCCGUGUGGGGCAGACCAGUACUAAGCAGAAGACCAAUAAGCCCACGUACAAUGAGGAGUUCUGUACUCCGGUUACCGACGGGGGACAGUUGGAACUGGCCGUCUUCCAUGGCACCCCCAUCGGCUACGAUGACUUUGUGGCCAAUUGCACGGUCCACUUCCAUGAAUUACUCCAUAGUACUGGCUCGUCAGACAGCUUUGAAGGCUGGGUGGACCUGGAACCAGAAGGGAAGGUGUUUAUCUCAAUAACCCUGACGGGGAGCUUCACUGAGGGAACCCUUCAGAGGGACAGGAUUUUUAAAAACUUCACACGGAAACGCCAGCGGGCCAUGCGCAGGAGAGUUCACCAAGUCAAUGGACACAAGUUCAUGGCCACCUAUUUACGGCAACCAACAUACUGCUCCCACUGCCGGGAAUUUAUCUGGGGAGUGUUUGGGAAACAAGGAUACCAGUGCCAAGUUUGUACAUGUGUUGUACACAAGCGUUGCCACCAUCUCAUUGUUACAGCUUGCACAUGCCAGAACAAUAGCAACAAGAUGGACACAAAGAUUUCUGAGCAAAGAUUUGGAAUCAACAUCCCGCACAAGUUCAGAAUCCACAACUACAAGGUGCCAACUUUCUGCGAUCACUGUGGUUCCUUGCUUUGGGGCAUCAUGCGACAAGGUCUCCAGUGUAAAAUAUGCAAAAUGAAUGUACAUAUCCGAUGUGAAGCCAACGUAGCACCCAACUGUGGGGUGAACGCUGCGGAACUGGCCAAAACGUUAGCAUGUAUGGGGCUGCAACCGGGAAAUAUAUCUCCAAAUGGGAAACUGGUCUCCAGGUCAACACUGAAGCGCCAGAAAAAAGAGAGCAUGAAAGAUAGUAAUGAUGUACCUGAAGUUUCAGCAAGCAGGCUCAAGAUUGAGGACUUAACAUUUAUCAGAGUGCUGGGGAAAGGGAGUUUUGGAAAGGUAAUGUUGGCUAAAACGAAAGAGACGGGAUAUCUCUAUGCCAUCAAAGUGCUGAAGAAAGAUGUGAUUCUGCAAGAUGAUGAUGUAGAAUGCACUCAGACUGAGAAGCGGAUCCUGACCUUGGCAAGGAACCAUCCAUUUCUCACCCAGCUUUUCUGCUGCUUCCAGACACCUGACCGCCUCUUCUUUGUCAUGGAAUUUGUAAACGGAGGGGACUUGAUGUUCCACAUCCAGAAGUCCCGACGCUUUGAUGAAGCCCGAGCCCGAUUCUACGCUGCAGAAAUAAUUUCAGCCCUCAUGUUUCUCCAUGAAAAUGGCAUCAUUUACAGGGAUCUGAAGCUGGACAAUGUACUGCUAGAUCAUGAGGGACAUUGCAAGCUGGCAGACUUUGGAAUGUGUAAAGAAGGCAUCCAUGAUGGAACCACCACAGCAACCUUCUGUGGAACACCUGACUAUAUUGCCCCAGAGAUUUUACAGGAGAUGCUAUAUGGUCCUGACGUUGACUGGUGGGCAAUGGGAGUCCUACUCUAUGAAAUGCUUUGUGGUCAUGCUCCUUUUGAAGCCGAAAAUGAAGAUGACCUCUUUGAGGCCAUCCUUAAUGAUGAAAUUGUCUACCCUACUUGGCUCCAGGAAGAUGCAGUGGCAAUCCUGAAAGCUUUCAUGACCAAGAACCCCAAAAUGCGCCUAGGCAGUAGUCCCCUUGGUGGGGAGAAAGCUAUCCUCCUGCACCCAUAUUUUAAGGAAUUGGAUUGGGACCUGCUGAACCAACGCCUGAUCGAGCCACCUUUCCGGCCUCGAAUUAAAUCCAAAGAAGACGUGAGCAACUUUGACCCAGAGUUUUUAAAGGAAGAGCCCAUCUUAACUCCUGUUGAAGAAGGAAUUCUGUCUAUGAUCAACCAAGAGGAAUUUAGAAACUUUUCUUACACAGAUCCAGAAUUAGAGUCUUAGCCACCUCUGGGGAGGUCGACUGGCCUCUCUCUACCCAAGGAAGAAAAACUGCAGCUUAGGAUUGCCUAAAAAUGGGUUCAGCUGGAAGAAUCAACCCAGAUAGCUGUGUUGUAUUAUACAGCAUGGAAAGAAAGAGUGGCAUUAAUUUAAUCCUGAAGCCGAGGAGCUGCCUCUUGGAAUUUCUGAAGCACUGAGGACAAAUAUUUAUAGCAGGGCAACAAAUCUCCUUCAGUAAACGGACGGUGUGGAAAGAGGAAUUAGUUUGAACUCAUUGGCUGCAAACGUCUCCUGGAAGUUAAAAUUUGCAGUGAGUCUGGAGGGUUUCCGGAAGGAGGAUAAAAUCAACUGUGAACCAAAUGGGUGUUAAUCCAAGGGCUGGUUUCUCUCAAAAUAUCUCUUGAAACCACCUUCUCAACACAGGGAAGCCAAAAUAAAGAGGAUAGCACUGUGACUAGCUUGAACUCUGCCAGAGGAACAGUCCCUGUGGUGCUACCUUGCUUAGAGAAAGUCUAUACAAUUUUCCUCCACCUGGGCUAAUGGGUCUCUGCAAAAUAUUAGGGGCUGCUGAAUAAAAAAUGUUUCCUUGUGUUUUUUCUUUAAAAAAGCAGGGGGUGUACAAAAAGGAAAUGGAAUGUGAUCAAGAUGGAUUGUGAAUGCCACUGCCAUCAUUCUGUUUUGCAGCAACUUACAUGGGUUUGCCACCUUACUGUUUUUGUCAGAUGGAUCCAGUCAGGUAAAAGGGGACAUGAUAUGCUCUUAUAUAAUAUGUGUAAGGGGGUGGGUGGGCAAUGAGUAGUGAGAGGAGGAAGCUGGUACAAAUUACAGGCAGCCUAAAUACCUAAAGACACCAGAUCUUGUUUGAUCUUGGAAGCUAAGCAGGAUCAGCUUUGGUUAGUAUUUGGAUGGGAGACUGCCAACAAAUACCAGAUGCUGUUAGAUAUAUUUCAGGGGAAGGAACCAGCGAAACCACCUCUGAGUAAUUCUUGCCUAAAAAAAACCCUUAUGAGAAUGAUGGGGUUGCCAUUUAAUUUGAAGGCACAUACCCGCACAAUGGGAUGUGGCAGACUGGAAGGGAUCCAGCUGUGUUGCAUAGGUCUUUGACUUACUACUGCCAACUCCAACAAUAAUGGUAGAAGCGCUGGAAAUGGAGAAGCUUGAUUUAUUUAGCAUGAGCUUUCAUGGAUUUCAGCCCAUUUCUUCAGAGACAUUGAACUAAUUGUCUUUUGAACACUGAUCUUAUCUGAAAAAGUAGAUUGUCUGAGGAAGUGGUUUGAAAUCUAUGAAAGCUAGCUAGUCUGAAAGGUGACACACUAGAUUGCUUCCCUCCACCUUUCUUUUUCAUCAGGUCAGCCUGACCUCCUGUAUAAUCCUGUAUUUUGUUAUGAGGACAUUUUAUUGCCUGUGUUUUGUGAAAUGCCAAGAAAACCCGGGGCUCAUUUAGUUUAGUUUUUUUUUUCCUUUUGCAUCCUCAACAGUUCUCUCCUGUUUAAAACAGAGCAUUGUUUUCCCCUCAAUGUGGAUUUUACUUUGAUUGCCUUUACGAGUGUGUUAUUUUGAGGCUCUAAAGACUCAUUAAAAAAAUGGGGGUUGAAAAUUGCAGCACUUGAAUUAUUUC